AUGACCUCUGUGCAGUCUGACUCCUUUGCAAAUGUGACCUUUAUUCGUCCUGCAACAUUCUUCAUCAAUGGCUUUUCUAAUGUACCACAUGCAAAGUACUACUAUGUGUUCUUGUGUUUUAUGUAUGCAGUGACUGUUUUGGGUAACUCUUUUAUUAUGUGUACCAUUUAUUUGGCCCGUAGUCUCCACACAGCCAAAUAUAUUGCUAUCUUCAACUUGGCCCUUUCUGAUCUGGGUGAGAGCUCGGCUUUGAUUCCAAAACUCAUAGACAUGUUUUUAUUUGAGAACCAGGACAUUUCAUAUGAAGCCUGUUUGGCUAAUAUGUUUUUUGUAUUCCAUUUCAUGACCCUGCAGUCUUUAACACUUCUUGCUCUGGCUUUUGACAGACUUAUUGCUAUUUGUUUUCCUCUAAGGUACCAUGCCAUUGUAACCAAAACAGCCAUGUUUCUGAUUGUAGGUUUUAUAUGGAUUUUGUCGAUAGCGUUAAAUGUUUCACUUGUGGGUUUGAUAACAAGACUGUCUUUUUGUAGAUCUACUGUGGUCAAUAGUUAUUACUGUGAUCAUGGCCCUAUUUAUAGAUUAGCUUGUAAUGAUAAUUCCAUGAAUAGUAUAAUGGCAUUUGUUUGCUUUGCUCUUCUUGUUUGCACUCCAGUGAUAAUCAUAACAAUCACAUAUUUCUGCAUUGCCGUGGCUUUGCUUAAGAUUGCCCAUGGAGCCCAAAGGAUAAAAGCCAUGAAAACCUGCACCUCCCAUCUCAUGUUGGUGGCAAUUUUUUUUCUUCCAUUUUUAAGUGUUAACAUUGCAGCUUCCACAACAUCUAUCCAUCCAAAUGCCCGAAUAAUUAACAAUUCACUGACACAGACAAUACCACCUUUGCUGAAUCCAGUCGUCUACACUCUAAAGACAGAAGAGGUCAUGCAAUCAAUAAAAAAACUGUACAAGCGAAGCAAGGUAAAUACUAAAAUAGAAAGAAAUAUGAAAUGCAGUAGAGGGAAUUAA